CUCCCGAUUAUUACAUGCAAACCUCUUCCACUUCUUUUCCUUCUAAUCUACACCAGUCCAUACAGCACUCAUCCGUCUCUUGAACAUACUUGUACACCCACUCAAUCAGUCAAAAUGGUUAAAGCAGGUAAGACUUCCGCCAAAGCCAUGCCCCAAGUCCCGUUAUCUGUGCCCCGGCCCAGGGAGCUACACCUCGCUUUGUUUUGUCAGCAUACCAGGUAUUCAUUCGUAGCAAUUGGCACUGACACUACAUCUCUUCAGUUGCCGUUCUCCGGGGAGACUCCAAGGUCAGCGGCCAAGUGACCUUCGAGCAAGCCUCUGAAUCCGCUCCUACCACCGUCACCUGGGACAUCACCGGCCACGACCCAAACGCCGAGCGUGGAAUGCACAUCCAUCAGUUCGGUGACAACACCAACGGAUGCACCAGCGCCGGUCCUCACUACAACCCAUUUGGCAAGACCCACGGUGCCCCAUCGGACAGUGAACGCCAUGUCGGUGACCUUGGUAACUUCAAGACUGAUGGUCAGGGAAAUGCCAAGGGAAGCGUGAGCGACAGCCUCAUCAAGCUGUUUGGCGAGCACAGUGUUCUUGGACGAACCAUUGUUGUCCACGCCGGCACUGAUGACCUUGGCAAGGGCGGCAAUGAGGAAAGCAAGAAGACAGGUAACGCGGGACCUCGGCCUGCGUGCGGUGUCAUUGGAAUUGCCGCAUAAAAUGGUAUGGAAAUGUACUCGGGUCAAGCGUCCAUCUUCGUGUGAUUCCAGACAACUAGAAGGUUUCAUUGCAGAUGCCAUCUGAUCUACGGUCAUGAGAUGCUUGUGUCUGGGAUGAUGGAAUGAUAAACCUAGCCUUGCCAGCAGCAGUACUGUACGAGAUAUAGCCACAUGCAAGCACACAAAAGUACAAAAGUCCAUCCAACCAA